UAACCCGUGAUGAACACAGGCAGGACCCUAAUACUCCUGUGGUUAACGAAGAUCAAAUAUGGCGGAAACAGUAGAAACAGUUCAAAUCACAGUGAAAAGGAGGAAGACAGGAGAGGAAUGUACAUGUGUUAUGUCCAAAGACCUUGCAACAUUUUUGCAGGAUCCCAAAGGAGAUCCAGACACUAAAGAAUCGAUAUACAGACUUAUGUUUGAUUCCGAGUCGCCUUCGGAAUCAGCUGCAUUGCAUCCUGAAUCAGUGGCUACAAAUACACAGAACUUUGAAUCACCUGGCAUGAAUAUGCAAAAACCUGAGUCAAAUCCUGAAUCACCUACUGCAAAUGCACAAUUACCGCCUGCUAAAUCAUUGCCAAAGACAGUUCCUAUGGAAGAUGAUGAUCAAAAGGUUCACAUAUGGGGCGAAAGUGAAGAAAGGCAACUAAUUUUCCAACGAACCAUGUUUGAUGAAGCCUUUCAUAAAAACAAAAAUCAUGACACAUUAUGGAAUAAAAUUCAUGAAAACAUGAAUGCUGAAGGAAUUAAGGUUUCCAAGCUGCAAAUCCUGAAUAAAUUUAGAAAUAUGAAAAGGAAAUACAAAGAAACUAUCGACUUAAAUAAGCAAACUGGAAAUGAAAGAAUUGAAUAUAAGUACCAAAAAGAAUUCGAUGAUUUAUUUGGCAACAAACCAUCAACCAAAGCAACAGUAUCGUUUGACAGUGGUGCAAGUGUUGCAAAGCAAGAGAAAGAGAUACCGGUAACCGAUAAGAAAACAACUGAUAAAAAAUCAACUCACCCAAAGAAAAGGUCAGCAGAAAUGAUUUAUACUAAAAUGGAAACUAUGCAUAAAGAAAUGAGGGAACAGAUGCAAAGGCACCAGGAAGAAAAGCUGCAACGCUUUGAUAGACUUCUUGAUAUUUUCGAGAAAUCUGUUGAUAAAAAGUAAACUUUAAAGUGUCCCAAAAUUGUCUACAUACAUGUAUUAGGCUCAAUUUAAUUUCAGAAACCUCUGAUUA